GCUGCUGUAUAUAAGGCUGAUGCCAGCAGUACUCAACAUUUCCUGAUUCCCAUGAUGGACCUGACUGUGACGACCCUGCUGUCCAUGGUGGUUUCCAGCUGUACUACCUGUGCCUGGGCCAUACCUGCUCAGAGUUCUUCAACGAGCUCCAAAAGAGUCCCCAGGAGUUAUUCAGAUGAUCACAUUGUACACAGUGAGAUGACAGCAAUGGAUCAAAUCAUGGAGGCCAAUGAGUUCCAAGCUGCCCAGGUUCCAGACGGCACUAGUUUCAGGGAAGGAGAUAUCGCUGUGACCACCGGGAGGCGCUCUAAGGCCUGUUUCGCACGCAGCUGUCUGUGGUCCAAGUCAGUGGACGGACACGUCUACAUCGCAUACAGGCUCUCCUUGGACUACAGUGAUUUGGAUGAGAGGAUAAUCAAGUCUGGUAUGGAGAAGGUGGAGAGAGGAACCUGUGUACGUUUUGUUCCAUGGACGCAUCAGCGGGACUUCCUGGAUAUCCAGCCUAAGUCAGGGUGCUGGUCGUACCUAGGGCAGCGUGGUGGCAGACAGACUGUAUCUCUACAGUCUCCUGACUGUAUGUGGUCUGGGGUGGCCUCCCAUGAACUCAUGCAUGCCCUGGGCUUUGUGCACGAACAUUCCCGCGCCGACCGGGACAACUAUGUCACUGUCCUGUGGGAGAACAUCUGGAAGGAUCGCGUACGGAACUUUGAGAAGUUCAAAACCAACAAUCUGGACACUCCCUAUGACUACGGCUCCAUCAUGCACUUUGGAAUGUAUGCCUAUUCAGAAGAUGGAGAUCCGACUAUCAUCGCUAAGAGGAACCACCGGAACAUUCUGGGGCAGAGGACCGGUCUCAGUGAACUGGACAAGAUGAAGAUUAACAAACUCUACAACUGUGGUUGGUAG